UACACACACAUACACAUAUACAAUAAUUGUACAAAAAAGUAGACACAACAAAAAUUAGUUUUCUUGUUUUAUUUUUUCUUUAAUUUAAAUUAAUUUUAAUAAAUUUGCUAAUUGGAUGCAAAGAAGUGUAUUUACCCCACAAGGUGCUCGUUUCUAGUGUAAAAAUAUCAAAUAAAAGUGUGAAAAUAAGUUUUACAACAAAUCUAGAAAACAUAAUAAUAAUUGACACAAAACCAUCAUAAUUGUACAUCGUAUGUGUGUGGGGUCAUCAUCAUACCACUACCGCCGGCAUCUCUGCGAGCAGUGCUUAGGAAAGCAGCGUCUCAGCAAAUCUGAUUUUUUUUAUAUGAACUAAGCAUUUUACUUAGAGGGGGGGCAUCUCAGCAAAAUUGUCCCCAUAAGUUAUAUACGUGUUUGUGUGUCGAACUCAGCAAAAAUUGCUGAGCUGCAGCAAGUGUGAAAGCAGCGAGAAAGAAUACGUUAACGUUUUUUGGCAGAGAAGCAAACGAAAACAAAAACAUAUUGUAAAUUUUAUUGAUUUCCCCAAAAAUUUCUUAAAAAAAUUAAAAAAAAAAAACAAAAAGAAGACGAGACAGUAUUUUAGCUAAUUAGCAAAUAAAAUGGAAUUUUCGGCCGAUCCCUAUGAAUACAAGUUAUAUCAAAUGUUCCAAAGUUGCGAUACAAAUCAGUGUGGUUUUUUGGAUGAAAAUUCCCUCAGACGUUUGUGUGCACAACUAGAAUUACGUGAUAAAGGUGCAGUGCUUAUUGAAAAUUUAGCCCGGGAAGGACGCACAUCACAUGUUACCUUUGAGAACUUUAAGGAAGCUUUAUUGAAUUUUUUAGGCACCGAAAUCGAUGGUGCAAAUACCAGUGAUAUUACAGGAGAACAAAGAAAAGAACAAAUUGCAAAAGACAACCAGGAUAGUGUGGAUAAAUCAAGUGGAGAACGUGCUUUAAUCAUAUCGGAACAACAGGAAACCUUCAUUGUCGACAGUCCGCCAGAAUCACCGGAUCGUGAAGUUUCACCCAAACUGGUGGUGGGCAGCAAAAAGUAUGGUCGCCGUUCCCGGCCACAGACACAAAGAACACCCAAUGAACAAACGGCCUCUGAUUCUGAUGAUUCCAAUGAAGAACAAGAUUCUCACAGAGGCUGCACAACGCAACAAGUUAAAAGAUCAACUUCACAAACCGAUAUACCCGGUUCAAGAAGACGUUGUGCUACUUCCGGCGUAACAGAAAGUAAAUUGAAAAGAUGUGCUUCAUUACCAGCCCAAAGAAAUCUUUUCAAUGCCAAUAAAACCAAAUUGGUAACUAACAAAGGAAGCCUGGUUAAAGACUCACUGGUACCAAUAACAAAAAAUACCCUCAGCAGCAGCGUAGAAUCCUUAGGUUUGAAAAAUCUUACAUCUGCCAUGCACGCUGUUUGGAGUUCCUAUGACUGGGAGUUAAGCAAAAGUCAUUUUAAAACUGGAUAUUUGGCUAAAGAAUCACCAGGUUUGAUGGAAACUUUACCCAUAAACAGCAUUCUAGAUAUAUGGGAACGUGCUUCAAUACCCAAUGGUCGUGGUAUAUUAUUAGCUUUAGGCUUUGAUAAUGAUGAAAUCAAUAUAGCUCAACUGAACAAGGUAAUGGAAGAGGAAAUCUCAAAUCUUGAAGAUGAACCACAAAUGGCUUUAAUGAAAGCCUGUUUAGUGCUACAAACCGAAGAACUUGGUAGUCUUAGGCAAUUUUCCAAACAACUGCGUGAUGAAAAUGCCAAGUUAAGAGCAGAUAAUAAAGAUGCCAAUAGACGUAUUUCUCUGCUGGCGGCUGAAAUAGAUGAAAGACAUGCUUCUUUGGAAGAUGCCACCAAAAAAGAGAUACGCCUUUUAGAACAAAGACAUGCUGGUGUAGUACGUGAUUUAACAGCACGCUUAGCUAAUGAUCGUGAAAACUGGUGUAAUCUUAAUACUCGCUUAGAAUCGAAACUGAAAAUUUUUGAACAAGAAGAGAUCAAGAUAAAAACCGAGCUAGAACUAGUGCGCCGUGAAAAUGAAGACUUGGAGGGAGAAAAACAAAAAAUGCAAAAACAAAUAACCGAAUUAUUAGAAAAGAAUAUUGAAUUGCAGCGUGAACUAACCGAAAUGGAUGAAACUAAUCAUUGUGAAAGACGUAAACAACAAUUCGAUAAGUCCAACGAUGAUGAGGAGGUUUUACGUUUAGUGGAAAAAGUAUCCACUUUACAAGUUGAAAACUGCAAUCUAAGAGAUAAAAAUGAUGAGUUAAUAGCAGAAGUAGAAACUCUAAAUCAUGAUCUUAAUAAAAUGAAAAUGAAAUGGAAAAAAUUAACAAUUAAUCAGGAAACGACCAAUCAAGAUUUAGAUGAAAAUGAAAUGAGCUCUUCCAGUACAGCAACUAAAAGACGUGGUGAUUCUCCCUCCAAGACCAGGCUCAUUGAAGAGAGUCCUCGUUUGGGUAAACUAAGGAAAUGUACCAAUGAUGCCAACAAUACUUGUAGUGAAAAUAGUGAUACAAGUGGUGAAUGGAUGGCUUUGAAUUCAGAAUUACAUAAUUCUCAAACAAAAUCCUCUGAAAUAGAAACACUCAGGAAAAGAAUCUCAGAAUUAGAAGAACAAUUAAAACAGGCUAAAGAGAAACUGCUAACACAAACUCCCUCAACAUCUUCUGCAAAUGUCAGCCACGAAGAACGUUGCAAAGAACUAGAAGCCAGUCUAGAGCAAAUGCAAAAAGCUUAUGAAGAUUGUGAAGAUUACUGGCAAGCUAAACUAACCGAAGAGAGAAAUCUAUUCGAAAAAGAGCGACAAAUUUAUGAAGAAGAACAGCAAGAGAGUGAUAAAAAGUUUACCGAACUCAUGGAAAAGGUACGUGAGUACGAGGAACAAUUCAGCAAAGAUGGCCGCCUUUCACCUAUCGAAGAGAAAGAUGCCCUCGAACAGCAAUAUGCUGAUUUAGAAGCUGAGGCUGAAGAAAUACGAGAAAAUGCUCGUAAAAUGUUUGAAGAAAAAUCACAAGAAAUUGAAGCUUUACAAAACGAAAUCGAAGAUUUACGUAUACGUUUAGGUGAAAGUGUAGAGAUUUUAACGGGAGCUUAUGAACUUAAACCCGAAACCGUAGCUAACAAUACUAGUUUGACCGAAGCUGGUAGUCCAGCUAAUUCUCCCAUUAGCUAUUUAUGGCACCAGAGCACUAUACAAGAACCGGCCAAAAACUGCCAGCCUUUAGAAACGAAUAUAACAGCAUUGGGUUCUAUGUUGCCGGUGAGCAAUCAAACUGUACGCGGCAAUUUAUCUACUUCCGAGACCACUAUAUUCAGCACAACACCUCUACAGUCGCCCAUCGAAAAGCCCACAACACAAUCUCAAACACAAUCAACUCAAUCGGAGGCUGGUGAUGUGGCCGAUUGUGAAACCUCAUCAACAGCAUCGGGUAAAAGCUUUGAAACGCACAGUAUACACUCCAAUCAAAGCUAUCAACAUCAACAACGAAACAAUCAAUCGGCAACUAAAUCCAUUAGCAGUACUAAAAAUAGUUCACCUAGUCCCACGCCUAGCGUUUUAAAAGAUGAGCUUAAACGUUUGAAAUAUUUUGAAAUUUCAUUGAAAGAACAAAUUAAGGAUUUGUCUUUACAACGAGAUGGUUUAAUUAUGGAAUUGCAGCAAUUGCAAGAAGCUAAACCAGUAUUAGAAAAGGCUUAUGCGCGCACCUCACAUCCUUCUUUAAUACAAAGAGUCAAUCAACUUGAACUGAAGAAUAGGCAUUUACAAAACGUUGUCAAACAACAGCAACAGUAUACGGAAUCUAUAAUGCAACAAUCUUGGCGUCAUCAUCAAAUCGAGCUAAAUGAUUUACAUGGUCGCCUAGAGGCUCAAGGAGCUUUAAUUGCCGAACAAGUACAGCGUUUACAAAAUGCUGAUAUUUUAGUUAAAGAUUUAUAUGUAGAGAAUUCGCAUCUUACCGCAUCUGUACAACGACUCGAACAGCAAAGAGUACGAGCUAAUAUGUUGCAGCAACAACAGCAAAGACAAAGUUGUACUGGCUUACCGGGUAUACCUUAAAUAUGACUACAACUAAUGAAUACUUAUGAAAAAAAGAGAAAAAAAAAAAAACAAAUCUUUCUAAGGCAUCA